UUAGCGCAAACGGCGCAACGGCCAUGGGCGUCGACUUGCAUCCGGCGAAGCCCUUAAACCCUAAGUUUCAAGCUCCCCACACAGAGCACACGACCAGGGCCGCUGAUCCCGCCGGUCUUCGCGGCGGAGAUGGAGAUCGACAGAGCCGACGGCCGCAGCCCCAACCAGCUGAGGCCCCUCUCUUGUUCGCGCGGCGUCCUCAACCGGGCUCACGGCUCCGCCAGCUGGGCUCAAGGGAAUACCCAGGUUCUUGCUGCGGUUUAUGGGCCGAAGGGGGGGACCAAGAAGAACGAGAACCCGGAGAAAGCUUCCGUUGAGGUGAUCUGGAAACCCAAAACAGGGCAGAUUGGGAAGCAGGAGAAGGAAUAUGAGAUGGUGCUGAAGAGGACAUUGCAGAGCAUCUGCAUUCUGACUAUACAUCCGAAUACCACGACCUCGGUGAUUGUUCAGGUUGUCCAUGAUGACGGUGCUCUUCUCCCUUGUGCCAUAAAUGCAUCAUGUGCUGCUCUUGUAGACGCUGGCAUUCCUCUGAAGCAUCUUGCUGUUGCAAUAUGUUGUUGUUUGGCCGAAAGUGGACUCGUGAUGUUGGACCCCACUAAGUUAGAGGAAGAGAAAAUGAAGGCAUUUGUGUAUCUGGUUUUACCGAACUCGAUUCUCUCUGUCCUUCCUGAAGAAUCAUCAUCAGAAAAAGGUGAACAAAUGGAACAUGGGCUUAUUACAUCUGUUACUCAUGGCGUCAUGUCAGUGGAUGAUUAUCUUCACUGCUUAGAACGCGGUCGUGCGGCAACCUCAAAAAUGUCUGAUUUCCUCCGGAGAAAUUUACAACCACAGCUUUCUGGUGACUCAUCCAAGGCAGGAUGAAUACACUGCUGCAAUCCGUAGCUCGUGUUUGAUAUUGACCCUUGUAAUUGUCAACAAGUUUCUUUUGUGAAAAUUUUGUGAACUUUUAGGCGGAUCUUUCAAUGAUGCUGCAGAUAGGGGGAAAUAUGUGUCUGACUUCCACAGAGUUGUUCGAGACAUCUAUUGAGAAGCAGUUAUACACAUAGAUAAUAUAUAUUUUGGUGA